UUUACAAUAAUACAGAUCAAAAGAGAAAAGUUACGAAAGACGCGGGACGACAUAUCUGCAAAUUAACGUAUCGAUGUGAGAAUAUAUAUUAGGUGCACGACAGACUGCCAAGAAGCUAAAAAAUGCAGCGCCUAGGAGUUCAGACUAUUCGCACCAGCAGAACCCUCUUGGGCAGUAGGUUGUAUACCACUGCGCCUGCACAGGAGCAAGUGGUGUCCGCCACCUUCAAGGUUCAGGAUCACAAGGAUUUCCACGAACGUGUAAUGAACUCCAAAGUGCCCGUUAUCGUUGACUUCUUUGCCACAUGGUGUAACCCAUGUCGCAUGCUGACUCCGAGAAUAGAAACAGUUGUUGCCGAAAAACAAGGAAAAGUACUGUUGGCUAAAGUCGAUAUCGACGAGAACACAGACCUCGCCCUUGACUAUCAAGUUGGAUCCGUGCCUGUACUCAUCGCUAUGAAGGACGGAAAGGUUCUAGAGAGAAUAGUCGGUCUUCAAGAUACCGACAAGCUCAGACAAUUUGUUAACAAGUAUGCGGAGUAGCGCGUAGCCAAAAAUUAUUAUGUAAAUUACCUCUGAUGGUCGCAGUUUUUGUCAAUCCUUGUAUAGAGAAUUUUUACAUUACGCUUCAAAAUCCGCACGACUAUGUUUAUAGUAAAUUUUUCUUAGCUACUAAGUAAAUGUAUCCCGUUAUAAAUAUAUACAUAUAUAGAUGA